UCCAAGGGAAUUGAUCUCUGUAACCUGGAGACCAGCUGCAAUAUCAGUAAAUCUGCAGCCACCACUUGGAGAGUAGAAACUCCAGGCACCAUUUCUAGCCAGUUCUUCCUGGAUAUCCAGCAGCUGAUUGAGGAAGCAGCAAAGUGUUCAGAAGGAUCCAGGGAUUCCCUUGCUCAGGUUGCUUUGCAGAUGACACGAGAACAGUACAUACUGGCAACACAGCAAAAUAAUCUGCCAAGAACUGAACACCCUCAACUUUAUCCAGUAGGAAUUUAUGGCUGGCGAAAGAGGUGCCUAUACUUCUUUGUCCUCUUGCUGUUGGUUACCAUGAUCGUUAACUUAGCAAUGACAAUCUGGAUACUGAAAGUUAUGAAUUUCACGGUGGAUGGAAUGGGGAAUCUGAGAGUCACCAAGAAAGGAAUUCGACUCGAAGGUAUAUCUGAAUUUCUACUUCCAUUGUAUGUGAAAGAAAUCCAUUCCCGAAAGGAUAGCGCUCUGGUCUUACAGUCUGACAGGAAUGUUACAGUGAAUGCAAGAAAUCACAUGGGACAGUUAACAGGACAGCUGACUGUAGGAGCUGAUGCUGUAGAAGCCCAAUGUAAAAGAUUUGAAGUGAGCUCAAGUGAAGACGGGAGGGUGCUGUUCUCUGCCGAUGAAGAAGAGAUCGUCAUUGGAGCCGACAGACUGAAAGUAACGGGAACAGAAGGAGCAGUGUUUGAACACUCUGUGGAGACCCCUCAUAUCAGAGCGGAGCCUUCCCAAGACCUCAAGCUUGAAUCACCAACUAGAUCAUUGAUAAUGGAAGCUCCCAGAGGAAUACAAGUGAGUGCAGCUGUAGGGGACAUAAAGGCCACCUGUAGGAAAGAAUUACACUUGCAAUCCACAGAAGGGGAGAUAUUUUUAAAUGCGAACUCAAUCCGACUAGGGAAUCUGCCAGUGGGUUCAUUUUCCUCUCCCUCGUCGCCAAGCUCGUCAACUACUCGCCAGACUAUCUAUGAGCUCUGUGUUUGUCCCAAUGGUAAACUUUACCUUUCCCCAGCAGGAGCAGGCUCCACCUGUCAGUCCAGUAGCAACAUCUGCUUGUGGAGCUGAAAAGACUCCAGAUCCCUCCUCGCACCAGAAUAGCCUUUUUGUUACUGUCCCUCUGCUUCACAGUUCUGCUUGGUUUCCCGCGUUAAAUCAUGACGUUCCAAACCACCCACAGAGCAACCUCUUCCAGCGUAAGCAGGAAUACAAUGCGGCCUUCUUGUCUGGCUUAUGAACAUUAGAGAUGGAAGAAAGAAGAGAGAAUAACAUGGUUGCCUCCAUCAGGAAACCUGGAUCUUAGUAUCCCCUUUUGUCCAAAAGGGAGAAUAACACAGGUGCCUUUGCUAUAGAUGAAGUGAAGCACAUUGUUUUAGAUUUUUGCAGGAACUGUACAUGAGAAACUGCACAUAUAUACAUAAAUAUAUAUAGAUAUAGAUAUAUAUAGAUUGAUACAAUAUUAUAUAAAUUUGCCCAAAAUCUAAUGGCAAGAUAAAUUGGUAUGAUAAAGAAGUCUACCAUCUGAAAGCACAAUUUUCACUCAUCUUUUUUGGAUGUAAACUUUUAUCCCUGAAUUUUAAAAUUUUGAAGCAUUGUGUGAUUCUUGCUUUAUUAAACAAUUAAAAUUCAGUUCCUGUUUUUAAACAACA